AUGACAACAGCGCUGAAAAUGAUGAGUUUCCAGUUUGAUCAAGAAUACGCCUUAGAAAGUAGUUCCUCAAAGACGGGAGAUCGACUAUGGGUUAAAAAAAAAUCAAGCGUAACGAUUGCUGACCGGAGGCAUGUGAGUGGAGAUGAGAUUCUGAUAAUGAACAUCAGUGCACAAAAUCAGAAAGUGUCCCGAAUUGCGGUCGAAGAAGAAGAGGAGAGAGGGAGAAGAACAAAGGACAGGGCAAAGCUGAUCUCAGCGAGUCGAGCGUCUAGCACCCAGUUGGGGUGGUUACUAGGUUCAACAAAUUCGUCCUCGGCAAAACCGAACUGGUCCAUGAACGUAGAGCCUUCCGUAUCAAUCAAACUACCGGUCGGCUCGAAUGCGAAUCUUGACUUGCCGUCUGAUAAAUCGUCGUCCGCCCUAAAGAGACCGGGCCUUACUGUGGUAUGA